AUGGUUGACCGACGUUCAGACUCUGAGGACGGCUCGCGUGCUAAGCGUCAGAAAAUGGACAGGACCGGCACGGAUCCCAAGGACAAUCCGUACCUGGCUCACAUGUAUGCGGACUCGUCCUCCAACGGUGGCUCUCACUCAUGGACCGAUGGCACUUUAGACAAGGACUCCCCCUUCGCCAAGGUGACGAGACAUCAGACGACCGCUGCCCAGGCGAAGAAGAUUGAGGAUGGCGAUAUCAACCCUUUCAACAACCGACCCUUCAGCAGCAAGUACUUGUCGAUCCUGCAGACCCGUCGCGAUCUCCCCGUUCAUGCGCAGAGAGAUGAAUUCCUGCAGCUGUAUCAGCAAUCCCAAAUCCUGGUCUUCGUCGGUGAAACCGGUUCCGGAAAAACCACACAGAUCCCUCAGUUCGUUCUCUUCGAUGAUUUGCCACAGUCGCAGCGCAAAAUGGUUGCCUGUACCCAGCCUCGUCGUGUGGCCGCGAUGUCAGUCGCCCAGCGUGUCGCUGCUGAGAUGGAUGUCACUCUGGGUGAGGAAGUGGGUUACAGUAUUCGUUUCGAGGACAUGACCAGUCCCAAGACGGUCCUCAAGUACAUGACCGAUGGUAUGCUUCUGCGGGAAGCCAUGAACGAUCACAACCUCAACCGAUACAGCACGAUCAUUCUUGACGAAGCUCACGAAAGAACCAUGGCGACGGAUGUUUUGAUGGGUCUUCUCAAGGAAGUCGUCCUGCGCCGGCCGGACCUGAAGAUUAUUAUCAUGUCUGCCACUUUGGAUGCGCAGAAGUUCCAGCGCUAUUUCAACGAUGCUCCUCUGCUUGCAGUCCCCGGUCGUACUCACCCUGUUGAGAUCUUUUACACCCCCGAACCCGAACAAGAUUAUGUGGAGGCUGCCGUCCGGACAGUCCUCCAAAUCCACGCGACUGAACCAGAAGGUGAUAUUCUGCUGUUCUUGACCGGUGAAGAAGAGAUUGAGGAUGCUGCGCGCAAAAUCUCCCUAGAGGUAGACGAAAUGAUGAGAGAAGUCGAUGCUGGACCGUUGAAGACCUACCCUCUGUACGGCAGUCUUCCGCCACACAUGCAACAGCGCAUCUUCGACCCAGCCCCAGGACCCCGUCGUCCCGGAGGUCGCCCUGGCCGCAAAUGUAUCGUCUCGACCAACAUCGCCGAAACCUCGCUGACCAUCGAUGGUAUCGUAUACGUCGUCGACCCCGGUUUCUCCAAGCAGAAGAUCUACAACCCCCGGAUUCGUGUCGAAUCUCUCCUGGUGUCUCCUAUCUCCAAGGCAUCUGCACAGCAACGUGCCGGUCGUGCCGGUCGUACACGCCCCGGAAAAUGCUUCCGCCUGUAUACCGAAGGUGCCUUCAAGAAGGAGUUGAUCGACCAGACCUAUCCCGAAAUUUUGCGUUCUAACCUUUCAUCGACCGUCCUGGAGUUGAAAAAGCUCGGUAUCGAUGACUUGGUUCACUUCGAUCUGAUGGACCCUCCGGCUCCCGAGACGCUUAUGCGAGCUUUGGAAGAACUGAACUACUUAGCGUGUCUCGACGACGAUGGAAACCUGACCCAGCUUGGACGCCUGGCGUCCGAGUUUCCUCUGGAUCCUGCCCUCGCCGUCAUGCUGAUCAGUUCGCCCGAAUUCUACUGCUCCAAUGAGAUUCUUUCCAUCACUGCCCUGCUUUCUGUCCCGCAGGUGUUCGUGAGACCUGCUUCUCAGCGAAAGCGGGCCGACGAAAUGAAGAACCUCUUCGCUCACCCCGACGGCGAUCAUCUUUCUCUCCUCAACGUUUACCACGCUUUCAAGAGCCCUGAUGCGCAGGAAAACCUGAAGCAGUGGUGCCACGACCACUUCCUGUCCCUGCGUUCCCUCCAGUCGGCGGACAACGUGCGUAUGCAACUCCUGCGGAUCAUGGAGCGCGAGGAACUCGAGAUGGUGUCGACUCCUUUCGAGGACAAGAAGUAUUACGAGAACAUUCGGCGCGCACUGUGCGCUGGAUUCUUCAUGCAGGUCGCCAGGAAGGAGGCUCAGGGCAAGAAUAUGUAUACCACCAUCAAAGACCACCAGAACGUUCUCCUCCACCCCUCGACCGUGCUGGGCCACGAGGCCGAAUGGGUUCUGUACAACGAAUUCGUCCUCACCACCAAGAACUACAUCAGAACUGUCACCGCUGUCAAGCCCGAAUGGCUCAUUGACAUUGCCCCAACCUAUUACGACAUCAAUUCUUUCCCCAAGGGCGACAUUCGCUCUUCUUUGCUUCGUGCCGCGGAGAGAUUGACCCGAAAGGAGAAAAUGCGUUCUGAUUCCUCGAGACGACGAUAG